AUAAUACUUAAAAUCUGGGACAAAGARCCGUCAGGACGGAACUGCUUCAAUUGCAAAACCUCCGCGCAGCCCUGGGGAGCGGUCCCACCGUCCGAACCCCGGAGCAGUCUCUUUUUUGAAAAAGCAGAGUACAGUAUUGAGAUUCUUGAAACCUGAAACCUAGAAACAGAAUCGAAGCGGAAACCAGAAGGAAAACCUUGAACUCCUCCAGACAAUUGCUUCCGGGGAGUUUCUAGGGAGCGAGGGGGAAUAAAGAGCCCAAAAGGAGGGACCCCCUCGGAUGGCGWGUCCCUGAGGGUCGUGGCGAGCUCGCGGAGCGUGAGAAGAAGACCCCACUCUCUCUCCCUGGGCUGAGGGUCAUGGCCACCGUGGAGCAGAAAGCCCUCGUCAUUGGCUUCAAGUGGCUCUCUUUGGCCACUCUGGUGCUCAUCUGCGCUGGGCAAGGGGGACGCAGGGAGGAUGGGGGUCCAGCCUGCUACGGGGGAUUUGACCUGUACUUCAUUUUGGACAAGUCAGGAAGCGUGCUUCAUCACUGGAAUGAGAUCUACUACUUUGUGGAACAGCUGGCUCAUAAAUUCAUCAGCCCCCAGCUAAGAAUGUCUUUCAUUGUCUUCUCUACUCGAGGAACAACCUUAAUGAAACUAACAGAGGACAGGGAACAGAUCCGUCAAGGCCUAGAAGAACUCCAGAAGGUUCUGCCAGGAGGAGACACUUACAUGCAUGAAGGAUUUGAAAGGGCCAGUGAGCAGAUUUAUUAUGAAAACAGUCAAGGGUACAGGACGGCAAGCGUCAUCAUUGCUUUGACUGAUGGGGAACUCCAUGAAGAUCUCUUUUUCUAUUCAGAGAGGGAGGCUAACAGAUCCCGAGAUCUGGGUGCAAUUGUUUACUGUGUUGGUGUCAAAGAUUUCAAUGAAACACAGCUGGCCCGGAUUGCGGACAGUAAGGAUCAUGUGUUUCCAGUGAAUGAUGGCUUCCAGGCGCUGCAGGGCAUCAUACACUCCAUUUUGAAGAAGUCCUGCAUUGAAAUUCUAGCAGCCGAACCAUCCACCAUAUGUGCAGGAGAGUCAUUUCAAGUCGUUGUGAGAGGAAAUGGCUUCCGGCAUGCCCGAAACGUGGACAGGGUCCUCUGCAGCUUCAAGAUCAAUGACUCGGUCACACUCAAUGAGAAACCCUUCACUGUGGAAGAUACUUACUUGCUGUGUCCAGCGCCUGUCUUAAAAGAAGUUGGCAUGAAAGCCGCCCUGCAGGUCAGCAUGAACGAUGGCCUCUCUUUCAUCUCCAGCUCAGUCAUCAUCACCACCACGCACUGUUCGGACGGCUCCAUCCUGGCGAUCGCCCUGCUGAUUCUGUUCCUGCUCUUGGCUCUGGCGCUGCUUUGGUGGUUCUGGCCCCUUUGCUGCACUGUGAUUAUCAAGGAGGUCCCUCCACCCCCCGUUGAAGAGAGUGAGGAAGAAGAUGAUGAUGGUCUACCCAAGAAAAAAUGGCCCACAGUAGAUGCAUCUUACUAUGGUGGGCGAGGCGUUGGAGGAAUUAAAAGGAUGGAGGUUCGUUGGGGAGAAAAGGGAUCCACAGAAGAAGGGGCCAAGUUAGAAAAGGCAAAGAAUGCAAGAGUGAAGAUGCCGGAGCAGGAGUAUGAGUUCCCUGAGCCUCGAAAUCUCAACAACAAUAUGCGCCGGCCCUCUUCGCCCCGGAAGUGGUACUCUCCCAUCAAGGGAAAACUCGAUGCCUUGUGGGUCCUACUAAGAAAAGGAUAUGAUCGUGUGUCGGUGAUGCGGCCACAGCCAGGAGACACGGGACGCUGUAUCAACUUCACCAGAGUCAAGAACAACCAGCCAGCCAAGUACCCCCUCAACAACGCCUACCACAACACCUCCCCACCCCCUGCCCCCAUCUACACGCCCCCACCCCCUGCUCCCCACUGCCCUCCCCCUCCCCCCAGUGCCCCCACACCUCCCAUCCCCUCCCCCCCUUCCACCCUCCCACCCCCUCCUCAGGCUCCUCCUCCCAACAGGGCACCACCCCCCUCCCGACCUCCUCCAAGGCCUUCGGUCUAGAACCCAAAGUCCAUGCUCUGGGCUGUCUCAGAAACUUCGGGGAGGAGGCUCCUCUGUGCUGUGAGAACAAGUCUCUCCAGCUAGAGGAGAUAGUGGUAAUUAAGCCCACUGAUGCUCACACACUUUAAAAAUUGGUUGGUGAUGCCAAUAUACUGACAAUUGUGAUCAGCGGAAAAAGAAACAGAAACAUUGAAUUGCCUGAAUACAAUGAUGUUGCAACUGCAGCCACAUUUAUAGCCAGCCACCCAUGGCCUCUCGAAGGUUCCAGAGGCAGUGAAACUGCCAAGAUGCUCUCAGCAGGAUAGUGUCUCACGGAGAACAGAAAGAAAAUGCUGAGCAAAAUGCAGAGACAGAUAAGAAAAGACACUGCUGGGUUUCUCAAUGCCACCCUCCUUCUUCCACUCCACCUCAGUGACUUGACCCCGAAUCCUUGGCCUAGGAACCAAGGAAUCCUCACCCCUGUGCACCGCCCCGGAAGGUGGAGACCUUUGCCUGCAACGUGGGAAACACAUGGAGUCCCCGGGGUGACCAGAAACUCAACAUCAGACAGGUACCCAAAAGGAUGUUCUCCUGGGAUUUACAGAUGUAUAAAGACAUAGGCCUUGUUCUCCUUUCAGCUUCUCCCAGUUUCCAGGUGAGGAAGGAAGCAGGUGUUUUCAGAUGGGAAAGGGAAUGUUGCCAUGUUGAUGAGUAAGUGAAAUCAGUCGUGUGUGUAGGCAGGGGAGUAUCAAUGGGAGCAUCAAACAGUUUCUAAAACCCACAGGCCAUCAGUAGCUAGAGGUGGGUGGCUUUGGCCAGAUGUGAUCCCCUAAAUCAACAGACUGUGGCAGAGCCACCUGUUAAUGACUCAUGUUGAAAAUCAAGCUUUGGCUUUGGUUUAAAUCACUAGAGAUAGGAUGAAGUGAUUGAACCUAUUUUCCCGAGACAAAUGAGUUAGAUCUUCCAAAACAGCAUCAUGAGCACCUACCACAUGAUAUCACUGGUUUUGGGUUUUAGUUUUGGUUUUGGUUUUUACUUUUUCUUUCUUGAUAAAGAGAUGUCAAGGUAGAGCUAAGAGACCACAAUCCUGACAUAAGGAAAUUAUUCCCAGGUUCUCAAAAUAAGAUGUGUGUAGAUGCAAAUCUAUUUCUCCUUGGCUUUUCAAUAUGCUCACAGAUAACAUCGGUGUUCAGCAAAGGGAACUACACAGGUAUGCAACAUAGAAAUGCUCUGCCUAAAGUACCCACCAUGCCUGGGACCCACCCAUGUCUCCAAGUCUUUCUGAAUCUUCUUAAUCAGUAACCCUUGUAGUCACUUGCUAAACAUUGAGUUGUAUCACCCACAGGUAAAAAUAGGUCAUUGUCAAAGACCUGCUCAAAAGGAUCUCCCCCUCCAGCUUUCCACAGGUCCUAAACGUUUGUCCCAACUCCCUCAUAUUCUUAAAAUUUCUCUGGAACAAAACAGAAAAUAGGCAAUUAGUGCAUUGGGCUGUGGUCUCCAAAGAUCCCUGGAGAGCUCAUUAAGCCAGCCUCAUUCCCUCACCUAGCAUAGAACAGAGGCGUUGGGCCAGGGCAUGCAUUCCGUCAACACCAGUUCUGCUGAUCACAGCAAUUGCCCAUUCAAUGUAAUGACUUCUUCACAAUCCUUCUCAAGUCACCACUCAGAAGACCUGCCACUCACUAGUCAGAACUGAGAGUGAUAAACCCUAUUGCAUUCCUACCAUAGAAAGCCAGAACACAUAGGGAUUGUUGGGGGAACCGGAAGCCCACCAGCAUAAAAGGUACAGUCAGGAAAAGUAAACCUAGGAGAGUGAAGGUGUAGUGCCAACACCAAACUGGCACCUCCAAGCUGUACCUCAAGCCCUGACCCAUGGCUGCCACUUCAGAGGUGGUCUUCAAGACUUAGGAAAGCAAACCUUCUCCCCCUCAUCCAACCCUACUGCAUUGUCUAUUUUUAGAACACAAGGCUUCCUCUUUUAGUGUAGUCCCUCAAGAAACAAGGGUCAGAAUGUCUCAGCCACCUGCAGUGACAUGACUGGGCCCCAGAAAAACCAUUCCUUAGACGAAUGGAUUCCCUGGGCUCACAGCAUAAAAGAUUUUGAGCCCAAGGCAGCUGUUUUGACUGCUGGCAGUAAAAAACAGCCCACCCCCACACCACUACCGCAUGACUCACGAGGCCUCCAGAAAGUUCAAGCCAAGUAGCUAACCUUGUUGUGCCUCAAGAUGGCGGGCCUCAGGUGAGAAGGCGAUUUUCAGGAUCUCAACAGCAUCCGCCAGAURCCCCCGUGCAGUUUCCAAGAGGUUGUGGCGACACUGUUUUGAUGAAAUAGGGAACUGCCAAUACAUGAUGAUUUUCAUAAAGGAUUAGCAGGGUUUGUUCUGAAAACUGACCCAUCAAAUCAUCCCUAGUCAUUCAGAAUUACAGUUAAGAAGGAGAAAUUUCUAUACACUGUAUGAACAAGGUAAUACUCUUGUAGUAGGCUGUUACAGGCAGGAAAAUUCUUCAACUGGUUUAACAAAAAAAAAAAAAAAAAAAAAUCUAUCAGUUCUGUGUCAUUCCCUGUGAAAGACAAGAGACUUAUGAUUGUGAUCAGGAAACUGCACAAAAUUAUUGUUUCAAGCCCCGUGUUAUUGUCCUUACAAUGUUUUCUUUUUUAUGUAAAAGCCAAAUUUUUGUUGUUGUAUAUAUUCGUAUUCCAUGUGUUAGAUGGAAGCAUUUUUUCCUAUCCAUUGUGAAUAAAAAGAACAGUUGUAGUAAAUUAUUAUAAAGCCAAUGAUAUUUCAUGGCAGGUUUUUCUACCAAGCUGUGCUUGUUGGUUUUUCCCAUGACUGUAUUGCUUUUAUAAAUGUACAAACAG